GGGGAAAACUAUAUAAAUGUUUGGAAUCCGGAAAGACUUUCGGAACAAGCCGUCAAGUUACUUCACAUGAAAGGAUCCACGCAGGGGGAAAACUAUAUAAAUGUUUGGAAUCCGGAAAGACUUUCGGAACAAGCCGUCAAGUUACUUCACAUGAAAGGAUCCAGACAGGGGAGAAACCACAUGCAUGCGCGGAGUGUGGAAAGAGCUUUCGUAGUAGGAGUGGACUUACUUCCCAUAAAAGGAUCCACACAGGGGAAAAACCAUAUAAGUGCAUGGAGUGUGGAAAGAGCUUCUCUCAAAAUACAUCCCUUAUGAGUCAUAAAAGGAUCCACACAGGGGAGAAGCCAUAUAAGUGCAUGGAGUGUGGAAAGAGCUUCUCACAAAAUACAUCCCUUAUGACUAAUAAAAGGAUCCACACAGGGGAGAAGCCAUAUAAGUGCCUGGAGUGUGGAAAGAGCUUCUCUCAAAAUGUAUCCCUUAUGAGUCACAAAAGAAUCCACACAGGGGAGAAACCAUAUAAGUGCAUUGAGUGUGAAAAGAGCUUUCGUAGUAGGAGUGAACUUACUUCCCAUAAGAGGAUCCACACAGGGGAGAAGCCAUAUAAGUGCAUGGAGUGUGGAAAGACCUUUCGUAGUAGGAGUGGACUUACUUCCCAUAAAAGGAUCCACACAGGGGAAAAACCAUAUAAAUGCAUUGAGUGUGGAAAGAGAUUCUCUCAAAAUACAUCCCUUAUGAGUCAUAAAAGGAUCCACACAGGGGAGAAGCCAUAUAAGUGCCUGGAGUGUGGAAAGAGCUUCUCUCAAAAUGUAUCCCUUAUGAGUCAUAAAUGGAUCCACACAGGGGAGAAACCAUAUAAAUGCAUGGAGUGUGAAAAGAGCUUUCGUAGUAGGGGUGAACUUACUUCCCAUAACAGGAUCCACACAGGGGAGAAGCCAUAUAAAUGCAUGGAGUGUGAAAAGAGCUUUUGUAGUAGGAGUGAACUAACUUCCCAUAACAGGAUCCACACAGGGGAGAAGCCAUAUAAAUGCAUGGAGUGUGGAAAGAGCUUCAGAAUAAGCAGAUACCUUAUUGCCCAUAAAUGGAUCCACACAGGGGACAAGCCAUAUAAGUGUACAGAGUGUGGAAAGAGCUUUCGUAGUAGGAGUGAACUUACUUCCCAUAAGUGGAUCCACACAGGGGAAAAGCCAUUUAUGUGCAUGGAGUGUGGAAAGAGUUUUACUCACAACGGUAAACUUUCUUCCCAUAAAAGGAUCCACACAGGGGAGAAGCCAUAUAAGUGCCUGGAGUGUGGAAAGAGCUUUCGUAGUAGGAGUGAACUUACUUCCCAUAAGUGGAUCCACACAGGGGAAAAGCCAUUUAUGUGCAUGGAGUGUGGAAAGAGUUUUACUCACAACGGUAAACUUUCUUCCCAUAAAAGGAUCCACACAGGGGAGAAGCCAUAUAAGUGCCUG